AUGACUACCGUCUCCGUUCUUAGUUUCGACGCUGAGGGCCGCACGAUCGACUUUGACAUCUGGCCCGAUGACCUCCGGCUGUUCCUGCAGAGCGAGGCAAAGGAUGGAGUUCCCCUGUUAGCCCAUACCGACGGAACCCUCCCCAUCUCAUCUGCCACAGAGACAGCUGCUCAUACUCAGUGGAUGAUUCAUGAUGCUAUUGCUCGCCUUGCGGUUCGUAAUCACCUUCCUGUCGCUGAACGAGCGCAUUUUUUCCAGCAAAAAACUGUUGUCGUCGCCCGCUAUUCCUCCCCAGUCAUUGCUGCUGUAGGCCGUCUCAUUCUGUCGUGCCUGCAUCCCGACCUAGCCACCUUCACCACUGUCGCUAACCUCUUUACCCACCUCCGCACUGUUGCUACUGCUGCUACUCUCGACCUCCUUGGUGCUGAGGAGGCUGGCGCUGCGUCUACUCCUAGUGGAAGGCGCAACAACAGCAAGGGCAAAGGGGGCAAGGGUGGUGGGGGUGGCAAUAGCGGUGGGGGUGGCAACAGCGGUGGGGGUGGCAGGGGUGGCGGGUCGGGGGUGGAGGUGGUGGGGGCGGCUCUGGCGGUGGCGGCAGUGGAGGUGGACGGGGUGGUAGAGGCGGCGAGGGUAGUGGAGGCGGCGGGGGUGGUGGAGGCGGCGGGGGUGGUGGAGGCGGCGGGGGUGGUGGAGGCGGCUGGGGUGGUGAAGGCGGCGGGGGCGGUGGAGGAGGUCGGGGUGGAGCUGGCAAGGGUGGAGGUCGUGGCGCUUCCGAGCGUGGCGGUGGAGGCUUUGGGAGUAGACAGCAGCUGCCACGCCUCCCGGACAACCCCACCCCUCAGCAGCUUUGUGAGUGGGUUGUCCAGCGUGGUUCUUCUGGGGGCUCUAGUCGCUGCCCGUACGUCAGGCGCACAGGGAAGCUGGAGGGUCAGACCUGCGGGAAACCGCACACUGAGCAUCGCUGCUUCGGCCGCCUUGAGGAUGCCUGGGUGGAUGAGUACGGGGAUGAGCUGCCAGCCCCCAACUGGCUGA